UUCUUCCAAUGAAUUCCACGUUAAAACACCAAAUCUAUGCUUAUACAGUAUCACAUAUUGAUUGAAAAUAAAUACAUAAAUAAAUAAAUAAAUAAAAGAAUGACACAGUUUCAAAUUGUUGUGUGGUGUCUGUUUUAAGCUGUCGUGUUCGAAAUGAUCGAUGGUGGGAAGUGGGUUUUAGAGUAGUGUGGAGUUUCUCUGUUUUGGGUUUGUUUUCGUGGAGUUUGGCUCUGGUUUUGGCGCUCUCAGCCGCGGGGAAGUUCCUUAUAUGUCGCUCUGAAAGGUUUGUAUCUUUUUGGGGUGUGUUUGGUGUACUGGGAGAGUUAUGGAGAAAGAAGAGAACAAGGGAAUCUGACUCAGGUGCUUUGAAGAAGUGAUUGUUUUUGAAAGAGUUCGAGCAGAGUUUUGCAACCACAAGAGUUCCAGGAGCAUGAACUCUCCGUCCACCCAAUUUGUCACCUCAAGAGGGAUGGGUAUAUAUGAGCCUAUCCAUCAGAUUGGCAUGUGGGGUGAAAACUUCAAGAGUAAUGGUAAUCCAAAUAUACCUACUUCUAUGAUUGUAGCAGCAGACACGAAACUGGACUGCCAGUCAGAGGAUACUUCACACGGAUCUCUGGGACCUCCUUACAAGUAUGACCAAGCAAAUAAACCUAGAGAUAGGGUACAAAGGCGUCUUGCACAAAAUCGAGAGGCAGCUCGGAAAAGCCGUUUGAGAAAAAAGGCAUAUGUCCAACAGUUAGAAUCAAGUCGUCUAAAGCUCGUUCAGUUGGAGCAAGAGCUUGAGCGAGCAAGGCAACAGGGUCUGUAUCUUGGUAGUGGAGUAGACACUGGUCAUCCGUGGAACUCUGGAACAGUAAAUGCAGGAAUUGCAGCGUUUGAGAUGGAGUAUGGAAACUGGCUGGAAGAACAAAGUAACCAGAUUUGCGAACUGAGGAAAGCAUUAAGUGCUCAAAUAAGGGAUGCUGAGAUGCGGUUUCUUGUGGAGAAUGUGAUGAGCCACUAUUCCAAACUUUUUCGCAUGAAGGCAACAGCUGCAAAAGCUGAUGUUUUCUAUGUGAUGUCCGGCAUGUGGUUGACGUCGGCAGAGCGUUUUUUCUUGUGGAUUGGGGGCUUUCGUCCAUCAGAGCUUCUUAAGGUUCUUGCUUCACAACUUGACACUUUGACAGAACAACAAAUUGUGGAAGUUUGUAACCUCAGGCAGUCAUGCCAGCAAGCAGAAGAUGCUCUUUCACAGGGUCUGGAGAAACUCCAGCAAAUUAUUGCCGACACUGUAGCGGUGAUUCCAUUUCCUGAACCAACCUACACACCAGAGAUGGCUUGUGCGGUAGAGAAAUUGGAUGCCCCUGUCCGCUUUGUGCAGCAGGCUGACUAUCUUCGUCAGGAAACUCUGCAGCAAAUGUCUCGGAUCUUAACAACACGCCAGGCAGCUCGCGGCCUGCUUGCCUUGGGGGAGUACUUUGAACGGCUAAGGGCUUUGAGUUCACUUUGGGCUACACGUCCCCAUGAAGGUGCACAGUCGUUUAAAGGAGAAUAGGAGGUCAAAAUCUCAGGAAAACAAUCAUGAACGCCAUGGGUGGAGACCAAAGGUGCUCUUUGGUGAUACCUUUACAGACUUGUAUAGCCAUAAUACGAGCUGCUGACAAUUUUCUGGCAGCAUCUCACAAUUGAGAGAAGUUGGAAAAAUGUGAAUAGAUUUCAUAUUAGAGGAAGUUUAUAGCUAAAUCAAUUUUUCUUUGCUUUUUGAAUUUUACGUUGGCUUGGAAGGAUUUUGUCUUUUAAGGUUCUUGUUUGAGUCAAUAGAUGCUUUUCGAUGUAAAUCUCAAUAGCAUGUCAUGAUGUAUUUUAAGUGUGUUUGUCUCA